AUGGCCACACACGGGCAUGGGGCGCGCCGCGCCGCGGCGGCCAACGAGCCGGGCGGCGCCCUGCGAGGGCGAGCGAGCGGGCACCUGGCCUCUGGUUGCCCCGGGCCGCAGCUCUUCGAGCCCCGGCUCCCGGGCUCCGGCCCGCGGCGCCUCCUGGUUGGCUUCCCGCGCGCCUCCGGCUGCGACCGCCGCGCCCGCUCCUCUGCGCGCCCCGCUUGCCCGGUGCAAACAGCGAAGUUGGCGGAUGUCUUGUUCUCGGGAAAGCUGGCUUCGGAGGUGGUUCGUCACUCGCUCAACAGCGGCUUCUCCCUCCUGCCGGAGGUCUCUAGGCGCUUCCUUCGGAGUCCCGGCGCCGAGGGGGCGUGGUUGGGCGUGGCUUCGGCUGCGUAUUGUCAUGGAGACCAGAAGCUGUCCGCCGCUGAGGCGGGCGGCUGUGAGCCAGACGGAGCGGCGCGCGGGGCCGGAGCCCCGGGGAGCGCGCGACGGCCUGAGACGGCUUCUCGGGCUGACCGUUCCGGGUUCCGGGUAGGCUCGAGUGUCUGCAGGGAGUGUCCCCGCCCCGACGCGAGGAUCCCCGCCUCCCGCGACCGCACCGCCCCCGGCUCCGCCCGCUCAGCCCGGCUAACGGUCGGCGAGGCCUGCCACGAGGGAGCGUCCGCGGCCCGCGCAGAGCCGCGCACCAAGCCGAUGGCGUGGACGCGGCCGGGCCCCGCGCGUGGGCUGCCAGAGCCUGGGACAUGCCAUGCGGGUGCUUCAGUCCGCGUGCAGGCAGGCGCGCGUGGGCGUGUCCCUCGGGCCCACGCGUGUCCCCCCGAAUCAGUGUCUCGGCUCUCGUCCAGGACGACGACUUCUGAAAGCGAGCCAAGGAGAAUCGCAGUUGGUAAUGGAGCUCCGGACUGCCCGUGGAAGAAGGUGAUUCGGAAGACAGGGAGGGUGUCAGCAGCUGGGGAACCAUUACAGUGUAGUCAGAAAAUGCUGAGAGCAGAGUGCUCACUUGGAACGCAGUUUGCAUUGGCGCAGCGAUUCGGCAUCGUGACCAUGACUGACUUCCCACCUGGCAUGUGCCAGGAAUCUAACAGCACAUUACAACUUCAGAACAAAGCAGUGGACUCCAGCAUGGCUUCCUUCUUGAAGAUGGGAGUGUGGGAGAGAGUCAAGAAAAUGAAGAUUUGGGGUCCAACAGCUCAUCCUUGCAGUUGUCUUAAAGAGUGAUUAAUUUCACUUGCAGUGCUUCCUUCCCGAGCUGGAGUGCUUCUGUGGAGACGAAUUCAGUGAAACCUGUUUAGGGGAUCAUCCCUGCUAGACAGACAGCUGCAAGGGGGCAUCCGCUUCCCAGCAUGGAUUUCAGAUUACGACCAAUCAAGAGCCGGUGCUAAGGAACACCUGUCAGCGACGUUCGCUACAAGGAGACCAGCUCUUUAAUCAAAUUUCAUUGUACUUCAGAAAAAGGUUUAUUUUAAAUGUGGCGUCUGCUUUUAUGAUUCAUCCUCCUCAGCUGAGACAGCAAUUUGGGGCUUAUUUAUGAUGUUGUUCUAGGGUGAAACAAGAAACUGCAAGAAAGUAUCUCAAAAAGGUGGCCUUUCCCAAACAUUCAAUUAGCAACUUUCUCAUGUGGGAAAAUAAAAAAAUCAAAAACUUUA